CUCUCUCUUUUCUUCCCUCCGAUUCUCGGACCUUCAAAGAACCCCCAAAAUCAAAUCUUUCAAUUGCGAUUCACACUCAUUGCACAUCAAAAUCUACUGCAAUUUCAAGAAAAUUAUGGGGAAAGAUGAAGACGAUAUGAGAGGGGAGAUAGAGGAGAGGCUCAUCAACGAAGAGUACAAAAUUUGGAAAAAGAACACACCGUUUCUUUACGAUUUGGUCAUCACACAUGCGCUCGAGUGGCCUUCGCUCACCGUAGAAUGGCUUCCGGACCGUGAUGAGCCCGCCGGAAAGGACUACUCCGUCCAGAAGCUGAUUCUUGGAACCCACACAUCAGAGAAUGAGCCUAAUUAUCUUAUGCUCGCUCAGGUUCAGUUGCCCCUUGAAGAUGCUGAGUACGAUGCUCGUCAUUACGACGACGAUCGCUCCGAUUUUGGAGGGUUUGGUUGCGCCAAUGGCAAGGUACAAAUAAUCCAGCAAAUAAAUCAUGAUGGAGAGGUGAACAGGGCUCGUUAUAUGCCCCAAAACCCUUUCAUUAUUGCCACAAAGACGGUCAGUGCAGAAGUCUAUGUCUUUGAUUAUAGCAAACACCCAUCUAAGCCUCCUCUAGAUGGAGCGUGCAGUCCUGAUAUGAGAUUACGGGGCCACAACACCGAGGGAUAUGGCCUAUCAUGGAGCAAGUUCAAGCAGGGUCAUUUGUUGAGCGGUUCUGAUGAUGCCCAAAUUUGCUUGUGGGACAUUAAUGGAACCCCCAAAAACAAAACCCUGGAUGCUAUGCAAAUAUUUAAGGUUCAUGAUGGUGUUGUAGAAGAUGUAGCAUGGCAUUUGAGGCAUGAAUACUUAUUUGGUUCUUGUGGUGAUGAUCAAUACUUGCACAUAUGGGAUCUCCGGUCUCCAUCAGUUACCAAGCCUAUCCAAAGUGUAAUGGCUCAUCAAAGUGAGGUUAACUGCUUGGCAUUCAAUCCUUUUAACGAGUGGGUUUUGGCAACGGGGUCAACAGACAAGACUGUGAAAUUGUUUGAUUUACGAAAAAUCAACACUGCCCUCCAUACCUUCGACUGUCACAAGGAGGAGGUGUUCCAGGUUGGAUGGAAUCCACAGAACGAGACAAUCUUAGCUUCUUGUUGUCUUGGUAGAAGACUCAUGGUGUGGGAUCUUAGCAGGAUUGACCAGGAACAGACGGCGGAGGAUGCUGAGGAUGGGCCACCGGAGUUGCUGUUUAUACACGGUGGUCAUACAAGUAAAGUGUCGGAUUUCUCAUGGAAUCCAUGUGAAGACUGGGUGGUUGCGAGCGUUGCAGAAGAUAACAUACUUCAAAUAUGGCAGAUGGCUGAAAACAUCUACCAUGAUGAAGAUGAUAUGCCUGCAGAGGAAUCCAGAGGUGCUUAAUGUGAAAAGACAUAACUAUAUGAACAAGUAGCCAUGCCCUUUUCUUUUAAUUCUGUCUGAUGAAUGGUUUAUGUUGUGUUAUAAAAGAUACAGGUUAUUAGAGCUGUCA